GCUGACUCUGUGGAUCAGGUGAAACUCUGCUCCAAUCCCGUUUCCCAGCGGUGCUGCAGGUGUAGAAGAACAACAUUGCUCACAGAUAGUCAGUCUUUCUGCCAAGGGCAAUGUCAGGAAAGAUGUGCAGCAACAACAGUGUUGUUCAGACACGAAAGCUGGUGGAUCAACUUCGGGUGGAGGCAGGCAUGGAGAGAAUCAAGAUAUCCCUGACAGCAGCAGACUUGGUCCAGUACUGCAAGGACCACAGGCGCAGUGACCCUCUGCUCACCGGCAUCGCAGCUUCAUCCAAUCCUUUCAAAGAUAAGAAGACCUGUGUGCUGCUCUGACCGUCCUGAGUACAGAUCGCCAGCACAUAACAGACUGUGAUGGACAAAACAUGUUUGACAAUGCAACUGCAGAUUUCCUACUGACAAAUGUAUUAACUCACAAAGGCAAUUCACACUUGAUUUGUCUCCCUGCCACUAAUGAGGGAGCAGAAAACAUGUGACACUGUCUAAUACAAAGACAUCACUGGUUAUAAAACACGAACAGAUCAUGACUAAAAGUUGGUAAGUAGUUAAUUUUUUUCCACUUAACAACUUUAAGUAAUUUUACUGCUCUAUAUAACAGCAUAAUUAAAUAAUCUGUCAUAUUAAUAGCUUCGGUAUGAAUGUAUAACAGUUAGGAAUUACCUCAGUAACUGGCUCAGAUCAAGUCAAAUAAAUCAAAACCAAAGAAAUACAACCAAUGAAUCA